UUUAGUAAGUUUGUCCGUAGAACGAUCUGUGUGCUCGCUAAAAGUCCAAAGUGAUCUAAAUAUUACGGAUUCGUUACAAUUUCUUCUCCACUCGAGCUCAGAUCUAAUACCAGUCAGAUUUGAAGAUUCUGACUGUACAGACUGUCUUCAUCUUGUAGAGUUAAAAAAUCUGAAAAUAAGUUCUUGUUCCAGCAGCUGUGAUAUUCUCAAACUUGGUCUAGAAUGUACCUUACUCUCUCAUUUGGUGGAUUAUGUCGAAAUCAAUCAAUCAAUCAGGCUUCAAUCUAUCUCAGAGAAGAGAACUGUAGAAUUAUCCGUCCUAACUCAAUCAGAGGAUCUAACAGAUAGAAAAUCCAUUAUAAACUCGUACUAUCAAGCCCUUAGAGUUCUACCCUUGAGUAGAAGUACAAUUAACUCUGUUCUGAGACAACCUUCAGUAUCUGCCGUCACUUCCGCAGCAUCAGGUUCAGAUGAAUUACCUUCGCAAGAAUCUGUUUCACUUAGUGAUAGUUUGGUUCAUAAAAGAGAGACUGAAUCUGAAAAAUCCUACAGCUUGUCGGAGAAAGAAUCUGAGUUUACGAAGAGGAAGAAUGUAGCAGCGGUGAAACCUAAAGAAAAGGUUCCCAAGCUAAAGAAAAGGGAAUCCUUCAAGGAACGGUUAAAGGCAUCUCUAGCCAGAGGGAACACUCCCGAUAUAGAAUCUGAUGAUCAGUCUGUAGGAUUGUUAGAUCGAAGAAUAUUGCAUCAAAGACGAAGUCAAAGAAGACAACGAUCAUCAGGGUUCAGAGUCGAUAAAGUUGAUGAGAGCGACGACUUCUUUACAGCUACUGAUGAUGAAAUGAGUUGCUUUGACAUAAAUGCCAACAAACGAAGAACAGUUCCCACCAUACCUGAGAAUGGUUUGAAUGACAAUGCUCCUGAGAUUAGACUGGGGAAAUCACAUCUGCUGACUCAGGACCCUGCUAACCCUCCUGUUCUGAAAAGAAAAAUGAUGAAGGACAAAUCAUUUGAUUUCUCUACAUCAUCAGCUCAGAUGACAUCUCCUUCGCCAGGAUGUGAUUCUCCACCAACUUCAUCUUCAUGUGUGUAUUCAGACAGUUGUAGCAUCAGUUCUGAAGAUCUAGGGAUUCCUCGCCUAAAUGAUGAUCAUUUAGAAGAGGUUUGUGAGAAGCUUGAGACUUGUAUAGAGACGGGUGAGGGUGGGGUAGAGGCUAGAACUCUCCAAGUUUAUCAAACCUGGAGAACAAUUCAUAGAUCACUCAGUGAUACACAGAUACAUCUAAUAGAAGACAUGCAGAGUAUACCUUACAGUCCUCUCUCACACCUUUACCAGACUAGACGUUUUCAAUUCCUUCAGCCAAUACCACAAAAAUCAUUUAGUUGUGUGAAUCUACCGGAAACAGCCUCAAUUUAUCCUUCUCCCAAGCCAACAACAACUCCAAGCGCACUGCCCUUAUGUUUCGAUAUUCAAUCUGUUGAAAGCAAAGACGAUGCUCUAAACUUCCUGGUGUUGUGGGCAGUUGCAUCGUAUUGCGGCAUUCCCUACCUCAGCUGUCAAUCACGUGGUAAUCAGCUGAUUUUACAGAUGAUAUCUGAUCUUCAAAGCAAGAAGGUGGGAGAGGUUCUUCGUACCAUUUGUGAAACAUCAGAAAAAGAAGAAAGAGGGACUUUUUUAGAUUUUUUAAAUAUUUUUUCAAAUAAAACUCAAGCUUAAUCCAGGAAAAAUGCAUCAUAAACUCUCAAAUAAAUUGAUAAAUAAAAUUGUUAGUGUUUCUCAGAGGAGCUAAACAAAAUUAAGCUCUGUUGAGUUUUGCAUCCCUCAAUGAAACUGCAACACUUUUUUUAAAACAAAGAUAGGGGGUUCUUGUUGUAUCUUCUUUUGGCUUAAAUAAAUAUUAAAUGUAUUUUUACCAAGUUUUUAUACUAUUUAUUAAAUACAUAAAUAUAUUCAGCCUUAAA